AUGAAUAUAUCUUUAUUUAAAAUUCCAAUAGAUUUAAAAUUAAUUUUCUAUAGAUUAAAAACAUUUACAGCUCAGCAGGCUGCAUCAGCAUUAAGACCUUUUUAUUUUGAAGUUCAUCCAGAUCGUUUUCCUAAUGAUCCUAUUGUAAGACAAAAAAAUGAAAAAAAUUUACAAAUUUUUAAUGGAUACUUAAAUGAAUUAUUUCCUACAUCAAAAAAAUUAAAACCAAUAGAAGUUCAUUUUUCUAUAAAAUGUAAAAAAACAGAAGUAUUUAAAAAUAUUAGUAUUCCAUUAUGUAGUAAUGAUCCAAAAACAAUUGUUAGAACAGCAUUACAAAAAUGUAAUUUAAAUACAGAUAAAGUACCAAAAUCAGUGGAUGAUGAAAAAAUGAAAAAUGGUGGGUUAUAUAUUUCACCUACUGAUAAGAUGAAUGCUGAUAUGAUUUGGCGCGAUUUACAUGCUGAGUAUUAUAAAAAGAAAAAAAAAGGACAAUCAUCAAAUAAUGAAUUAUUGAAUGUCUUAUCAAAAAAUCGUGACAUUGUUUUUGAAAAAAUGAAAUCAUGGGAACAUAUGCAAGAAAUUUGUAAAGAUGAAAUUGAACAUUUAAAACGGGUUGUUGGUAUAAAAAGGGUAAUCUGGAAUUUAUCAUGGGAACAAUCUUACAUGAAACGUUGUUUAAUGGGAGUUUCGUUUAUGUAUAGAGAUGCAAAUGAUAGUAUUAAAAAAGAUAUUAUUUUAGCAUUAAAUAAUUGUACAUUACUUUUUGGACGUGGCAGUUAUAUUACGUGUGAUGGAAAUAUACAAUUUGGUGCAGAUGAUGUACCUCAGAAAUGGUUAGAACUUUGUAUGUCAAUUAAUAUUAAAAGAAAAGAAUUAUCCUUAUUUAUUGAAAUUCAUAAUAAGUUAAAAUCAUUAUUAGGAGAAGAAUCAAAAUUGAUAUAUAAUAAAGAUGGAUGUCUUUCAAAAACAAUUCAUGAAUAUAAAAAUUUAUAUUUACGAUUAUCUAAUAGAAAUAAAAAUGAAUUACAGGAAUUACAAGAAUUAUUAAAAGGUAUUACAAUAGAAGUUGUAUCAUCAUAUGAUGAAUUAAAUAUAAAUAAAUGUGGUCAUUUUUUUAUUCCAUGUAAUGUUGAAUUUUUAUUUUUAAAAGAUUACAUAAAAAAAAAUAUUGGUGUUAGCAAGUAUCUUUCUGAAAAAUAUACCUUAAAGAUGAUUGAAGCAGAAACAUUAAAAAAUAGUUGCAAAAGAAUAUUGCAAUUAAAAAAUUUAACAUGGGAUGAUAAUAUAUUAAUGGAAGAUUUAAGAAAAUGUAUCUUAAGAUUAGAGGAGUCAGAUGAAAGUAUUAAAAACUUGAUAAUUGGUAUGAACGUCAUAAUAUCAACAAAUCCAAAAAUUACCGUUUUAAAUGAUGGAACUGUAUCAAUUCCAAUAAAUUGGAUAUAA